GGUUGGGGGGAGGAAUCGGAAUCGGAAUUAAGACGGUAGCAGAGAGCGAUCUGCAUUUUGCAGACUUGUUUGAGGGGAGAGAGUGAAGCUGGCAUCACGGUGGCUUGAGGGCAUUGCUGACUGCUGGGAGGGAGGUAGAGGCCGCGGCCUGUAAGGGGGAGAGGGUUUUUCGCGCACCUUCUAACUGGCACCCCACACUCCCACUUUUGGUGGUUGCUCGGAAUGUCGGCGGUUUCCUGGUGGCUGGGGGAUAUCGCCAGCAUCUCCCUGGGCUCUGGAUGGAUGGGAACAGGCACCUGGCGCUAAUCGGCGCCGAACACGUGGCCGCACCGCAUGGCGCCGGGCCUGGCAGCUCGGUUUGCUGUUUGUCAUCGCCACGAAUUUCCAACCACAGAUUCCAUUUCCAUUUCACAACUACAACAUCUAUUAAAAAACAAAAGAAGCAAAGGAAGAAAAGUGGAGAAGGAAUUGGGAGUAUCCAGCAGGAGACCGAUUUUCUAAUCGAACCACAGACAAAAACAGUGAAACUAGACACGUCUCAUUGGCCUUUGUUACUAAAGAAUUUUGACAAACUGAAUGUACGGACAACACAUUACACUCCUAUUCCAAGUGGCUGCUCACCUCUCAAAAGGGAAAUUUCUGAAUAUGUAAGGUCAGGAUUUAUUAAUCUUGAUAAACCAGCAAAUCCAUCCUCACAUGAAGUUGUGGCAUGGAUACGCAGGAUUCUGCGGGUGGAAAAGACUGGUCACAGUGGAACGUUGGAUCCCAAAGUAACAGGAUGUCUAAUCGUGUGUAUAGAACGAGCAACACGACUAGUCAAAUCCCAGCAGAGUGCUGGCAAAGAGUACGUGGGAAUUAUUCGGCUGCACAAUGCUAUUGAAAAUGAACAUCAGCUUAGCCGGGGCUUGGAGAUGUUGACUGGAGCAUUAUUUCAACGUCCACCUCUGAUUGCUGCUGUCAAGAGACAAUUAAGAGUCCGUACUAUUUACAAUAGUAAACUAAUUGAGUAUGAUCCAGAGAGACGGUUAGGAAUUUUUUGGGUGAGCUGUGAAGCAGGGACUUAUAUCAGAACACUUUGUGUACAUCUUGGCCUGUUACUGGGAGUUGGAGGUCAAAUGCAAGAACUAAGAAGAGUGCGAUCAGGUGUAAAUGGUGAAAUGGAUAACAUGGUAACAAUGCAUGAUGUGUUGGAUGCCCAAUGGCAGUAUGAUCACAACAAGGACGAGACCUAUCUGCGUCGUGUCAUCUAUCCCCUUGAAAAGCUGUUGGCAACUCACAAAAGGCUUGUUAUGAAGGAUAGUGCAGUAAAUGCUAUUUGUUAUGGUGCCAAGAUCAUGCUUCCAGGUCUGCUGCGUUAUGAAGAUGGAAUUGAGGUGAACCAGGAGAUAGUUGUCGUGACAACAAAGGGAGAAGCCAUUUGUAUCGCGAUUGCAUUAAUGACGACGGCAGUAAUAUCAACGUGUGACCAUGGUGUUGUAGCAAAGAUUAAACGAGUGAUCAUGGAACGGGAUACAUACCCACGUAAGUGGGGCCUGGGACCAAAGGCAAGCCAGAAGAAAAUGAUGAUUAAGCAAGGUUUAUUAGAUAAACAUGGCAAACCAAAUGAAAGUACUCCAGAGUCGUGGAGGAAGGACUACGUAGAUUAUACUCAGGGAAGUUCAGCAGCGCCUAAUGAUGCAAUCCAAACACAACCAGUGAAGGUAAGUGCUGUUGAGAGUUGGAAUUAGCUAUGCUGAACAACAAUGUUCCAGUGACUCAGUUAUAACCUCCUCAUGAUAUAUACAGAUCACUGACUAAUUAUGUUCCAAUGUGUUAUAGUUUUGUUCUGAAGGAAAUUUAAUCUGAGCUAUUAUUUGGUUUCCAUGUUCAGAUUAUUGGGCAAGAGUUACGUGGAAGUAGACAGUUUAUAUGUGAUGUGAAUUUAGGGAAACAUUACUGACUGUGUGCCAGGUGCUUAUUCGUCACCAGAGAGGUUCGUAAUUUCGUAUUUAUUGAUAUUUUUAAUUGUCAUGAACUACGUAUUGAACAUGCCCUUAGAAUGUCUUGUGGUAGUAAGCAGUCCAAUGUAAUCACAUGUUGCCUUAUAGUUUCUUCCUGUGCCAUUAUUUUUCAUCUCUUGGGCUGUUAGUAACUUGGAUUAAUUUCUACAUUGAUUCACUUGGGAUAGAGAGAAAGCUGGCCUCAUUCUCUGAAAUUGCACAUCGAAUUAAAAACUGGGAUAGAUUAUUUGUCUUGUAUCUUCACAGGUGGAAAUGCAAGAAACCCCCAAAAAUAAGAAAUCCAAGGAACUCCUUAAGAAUGAGGAGCUAAACUAAAUUAGUAUUUGUAAAAAUAUAGUACCAGAUAGAUUAAUGGAAGUGAAAGUUGAUAAGUCCUUAGGAACUGGAGCUACUGAUUAUAUAAAUCACUGUCGAAAGAGGGAGCUUUAGAGAUAGUGGAUGCAAGUUGGAAUUUUGCAAACAUAAACACCUAUUUAAGAAGGAAAGGAGAGAGAAAAUACGAAACUACAGAUCUAGUACCCUGACAUCAGUUGGAGGGAAAAUACAGAGUCUGUCCUAAAGGAUAGGAUAAAUGAACUCUUAUUUAAUGGUCUGUUUGGGCAGUCAAGUUGGAUUUGUGAAAAUAGAAUCAAGUAUGAUAAACCUGUUGCCAGCAGAGUAGAUAUGUAAAACAGUAAAUGUAUAUUUGGAUUUUCGAAGAAUUUUAACGAGGCCACGCAGGAGAUUAGUUAAAACGGAAUAUUCCAUGUAAAUUACCACAAGCUACCUUUAUUUCAGCUACUUAUUAAGAAAUCUCAGAGAUAAUCAAAUACUGAAACAUUACAUAGCUUUACUGCAUGUGGCAACCAAAAUAAGACACCUCACAACUCAACUUAGCUAUCACCCAGUUGAUUAGCAUUCGAAUUUAGCUCUGAAUCCAAUCAACAGUGUCCAUUUCUGGAUAUCUAGGGCUCAGUCCUUGUGCAUUGUGGUUCUUCGAAGUUCUACUGCUGAGGAAUCCUGAAUUUGAAUUUGAGUUUUCUGUCCAGUGAAGUUUCUGAUAUGACAUUAUUAAUGAUCCUUUUAGAUAUAUUCAUCCACAGCAUUGAUUACACUUCUGAAAUUUAUCAAGUCUCUAGCUUGCUGCUUUAUCAGGAGUAGCUUCUCUGUUUCUUGUUAGAUUUGGUGUUAACCAUCUGUUUGAAACACAGCUUGUCUCUGUCAUUAGCCCCAUUUGCCUCAGGACAUUGCUUAUGCAGGCAAUCUUAAUUGACAAUUUGUUACAAGGCAGCAAGUUAUCAAGCAGUUGUUACCUCUUGCCUUCCAGGAAACAGCUGGAAGCUGUUUAUGUUGCUUUGACUCCUUUCCAUGGACGGCUAAUUGACAAGCUACUUUUGAUUCCUUUGUUACAGUUUCUCCUUGUUC